CUCUGCUGCUCUCUGGUUCCACUCUCUGACUCUUUGUGAUGAGGUUCUGCAGCUGGUUCCGGAGGGCCGUCUUCAUUCUGCUGCUCCUUGUUCAGCCUGGUACCGCUCAGGAUGAGGAGGGGAUUCCCAUCCCGGAUCACGGCUUCUGCCGGCCCAUCUCCAUCCCGCUCUGCACAGACCUGGCCUACAACCAGACCAUCAUGCCCAACCUGCUGGGUCACACCAACCAGGAGGACGCUGGGCUGGAGGUCCACCAGUUCUACCCACUGGUCCAGGUCCAGUGCUCCACGGAGCUGCGGUUCUUCCUGUGCUCCAUGUAUGCUCCGGUGUGUACGGUUCUGGACCGGGCCAUCCCACCCUGCAGGUCUCUGUGUGAACGGGCUCGGCAGGGCUGCGAGGUUCUGAUGAACAAGUUCGGCUUCCAGUGGCCCGAGAGGCUGCGCUGCCAGAACUUCCCGCUCCACGGAGCUGGAGAGAUCUGUGUGGGUCAGAACACGAGUGGCUCUGAAGGUUCUGCCUCUGAUCUGAUCCCGGCCACGCUGCCUUCCUCCACCUGGACCCGGCCGCCCUUCUCUUGCCCCCAGCAGCUCCAGGUGCCCCCCUUCCUCCUGUACCACUUCCUGGGGGUAAAGGACUGUGGAGCUCCAUGUGAGAGCUCCAGACCCGGUGGGCUGAUGUUCUUCAGUAAGGAGGAGAUAAAGUUCAGCCGGUUCUGGGUCGGGAUCUGGUCGGUUCUGUGCUGCGUCAGCUCCCUCUUCACGGUUCUGACGUAUCUGCUGGACUCCAGGCGGUUCUGUUACCCAGAGAGACCCGUCAUCUUCAUGUCCGGCUGCUACUUCAUGGUGGGUCUGGUCCACAGCACCGGGGCUCUGCUGGAGGACCGGGUGGUGUGUGGGGACCGGUUCCAGGACCACGGAUACAGGAUGGUGGUCCAGGGAACCAGGAAGGAGGACUGCACCGUCCUCUUCAUCAUCCUCUACUUCUUCAUCAUGGCCGCCUCCAUGUGGUGGGUCAUCCUGUGCCUCAGCUGGUUCCUGUCUGCUGGGAUGAAGUGGGGACAUGAGGCCAUCGAGGUCCACUCACAGUACUUCCACCUGGCAGCCUGGGCGGUACCGGCGCUGAAGACCAGCACGGUCCUGGUGAUGGGGCAGGUGGAGGGGGAUCUUCUCACUGGGGUCUGCUUCGUAGGAAUCUCCAACCUGGACUCUCUUCAAGCCUUCGUCCUGACUCCGCUCUUCAUCUACCUCCUCAUCGGUGCCUCCUUCCUGCUGGCCGGCUUCGUGUCGGCGUUCCACAUCCGAUCCGUCGUGAAGCAGGACGGCACCGGGACGGAGAAGAUGGAGAAGCUGAUGGUGAGGAUGGGCGGGUUUGGAGUGCUCUAUGUGGUCCCUGCUGUCCUCGUCCUCUCCUGUCUCCUCUAUGAGACGGCGUUCCGGUCUCGUUGGGAGACCGCGUGGCUCCUGAAGACCUGCAAACACUUUGGUGUUCCGUGUCCAGGAGGAAAUCCGCCUCCUUCCAGACCAAACGUCCUCCUGGUCCUGAUGAAGACCUUGAUGAUGCUGAUGGUGGGGGUCACGUCUGGACUCUGGAUCUGGUCCAGGAAGACGCUUCAGCUGUGGCGUCGCUUUUUCCACGGCUGAAGCUUUUCUUCCUGAAAGGAUUCGGGCCGAUCCGGAAGAUUCCAGGAAAAUCUUUAGUUUGUCUUCACUCCAGCAGCUUUAAAUCUGUCGUGUUUAGCAACAAAACAACAAACGUGCUGAGGAAUGUUGUUAAAUUUUAAAUGAAACAAUCUCACCUCAGAUUAAAGUGAAUAAUCUUCAUUUCGAACAUGAGAGAUUAAACGGUUUAAGUGCUGAAUUGAUUUUGUCGGAAUUAUGAAGCUGAUUUGUUUUUUUUUUACAAUAAAAUAAUUAUUUAUUUUUCAGAGCAACAGAAUAAAUC